AUGUUACUGAGAGGAGUCUAUGGAGAGGAUAAUGCAUUUGUUGAUGAACCUCCUGAUGGAUACUAUCAGCGAAUCUCACUAGACGACUGUCCCAGCCGAUUUUACAGUGAAGACGUAUCGAGCGCUUUGGGAUUUUAUAUUCUAGGUGGAUUGAGAGCAUUUCGCCGCGAGUUUCCUCAUAUGGCUGCGAUUGGAUGGGUUAACGAAAAUACCGGUACGGUGGAUUACACUUGUGGUGGUUCUCUAAUAUCCUCCCGGUUUGUCGUCACGGCGGGUCACUGUGGCUUGAACGAUGACAGAAUUCCACCGAACGUAGUACGCUUAGGUGAUACGAAUCUCGCAUCUAGGGAAGAUGAUCGUUUCGCUCAGGAUAUUAAAAUCAAACAAUUUAUUCCCCAUCCAAGCUACAAGCGAUCACAGAAGUACUUCGAUAUUGCCUUGAUAGAGCUGGAACAGGAUGCUAAACUGGAUUCCUCCGUAUGUCCGAUUUGUCUGUGGCCUAAAGACAAUCUCCAAACGUUCACCGGUGGAUUUCAAGUUGCCGGUUUUGGAAUCACGGAUUACGCAUCAGACGCUAGUCCCACAUUGCAAAAAGCAUCCCUCAACUACUGGGACUAUGACGCAUGUAACACAAAUCUACCUCGUCCACGAUCACUGUAUCGAGGACUGACGCCGGACCAAUUCUGCUCCAAGACACCAAGCAAAGACACCUGUCACGGGGACUCCGGAGGACCAAUUCAAAUCGAUCUCAACGAUGUCAAUAAGGUCAUUCCCUAUCUGGUGGGGGUCACGUCGUUCGGAACCGGCUGUUGGGAUGGGUCUUUCGGGGUGUACACAAAGAUUUCCAGUUACAUUAGGUGGAUCGCUUCGAUAGCAAACGUUACGGUCGAUCCGCUGGAAUGUGCCCGUCAAUCGGAAUGUCUAUCAUCGAGAAAAUUUUCCGACAGUCGCAUAACUCCACAGAACAACUCACCUUUCUUUCGAGUCGAGCUGCAGCGUUCUGGAGAAAGUUUCAACCACUGCAGUGGUGCUCUAAUAGACUAUCGGCAUGUGGUUACCUCGGCUAGCUGCACCCGUUGGAACGGCAGGGAUCCGUCUCACAUCAAAGCGAACGAACAGUUGAUUAAAAUUACCGAAAUCAUUCGACAUCCCUCGUACGUUCAAGGACAAAACUAUGACGACAUCGCUGUAUUGACACUUGAGAAAUUCUAUAAUUCGUACAAGAUCUACCAAAUCGUUGCACCGGCUUGCAUUUGGAACAACGAGCGCAUUCCGGAGCCGAUCGUUUUCUUUUCCGGUUAUGGACCGGACUUCACUGGAUCUGCAGCGGACAAAACAUCCGCUGUUCCGUUAAAAAUCCUAACGGCUUUCUAUCUGGAAAAUGGACGUUGCAAUGCAAAUUACAGUUCGCAGUUUCAAAACGAACUGCCUGGUGGAUUUAAUAGUAAUUUUAUUUGCUCUGAAAAUCCCAUUGAUUUGGUUCCAGAAAUAUGCAAGCUGGAACCAGGUGGACCAAUUUCCAACUUUCGCCGGGACAACAUAGUACCGUAUGUAUACGGUAUCAACACGUUAGGGGAGCAGUGUGGUGGAGCAGGGAAUGUUUUCGUCGCUACGCGGAUCUCGUUUUAUUACAAAUGGAUCGAAUCGAUCGUUCUCAAUCGAACGGAUCCAGCGAAGGAAACACCAUCUAAAAUAGCCGAUGGAUCGGAAAGAGUCUACGAACCUUUAAUCGUCAGUAGAAACGAUGUUGCAUUCGAGCAAGACCUAGCUGAUCGCCGGCUAAGACCCUAUGGAAAUCGACUGGUGCCCGGAGGUUUGAAACGCGUCGCAACUGCUGCUGUGCAUCACCGCGUCAAAGAAUUCACCGAGAACCCGCUGGAGGUGACAAUCUACGGCACCCAGUUGAAGCACGUCCCACUUAAUACCGAAGACCUUUUGCAGACGCUCGACUCCAUCGCGGUUCAACACCAUCGCCAGGAUCAACCGCCCACGCCACCAGCACCACCACCACUAACCAACAGCAGUUUCGAAAUUUUAAAAUCAUUAGAACUGACCAGUCCGCAGCCUAAUCUCGAGCAAAUAUUUCACCAACAGACCCGGCAGCCUUCCGUUCAGUUUUCGCAAUACGGCAGCACCGCUUGGCGACCUUUCCUUUCACCAUCAACGGCUCAACCGUUCAUCUCACCCGCGGCGCCAACUUUGGUCCAGCAAAGCUCAAAACCGUCCAUCGGUUCUCCGCCUUGCAUAACGACCUCAUCGGUAACCAACACUAGACAACCGGCACAGCAGCCGGUACCGGUCAAUCAAUAUUUUCCGAGAGUCCCAGCACCAUCGACUGGCUUCCCGUCCAACGUGCACUCUCUACCACUGCCUUCCUUCAGCAUCACGAAAUCUGUUGAACUUUACCGGGACGGUCGUUGCACUUCAAGCGCCGGUUUGGCCGGAAGAUGCCUGCACUACAGCUUCUGCCGGCGGGGUCCGGUGGGGACGUGGCUUGGAAGCGGCGGUGGUGGUGGUGGCAUAAUCAGACCCGAUCACGGUUGGUCCUAUUGCAACUAUGACCUGCUGAUUGUGUGCUGUCCGAUUUAA